AGGAGUCAUGGCGAAGCCCGCAGCCAAGCCCGCGAAGAAGAUCGCCAAGAAGAGCGCCAAGCCCGCUGCCAAGGCCGACAAGGUCAAGAGGCCGCCCGGACCGUACAUGAUCUUCUGCAAGGAGGAGCGGCCCAAGAUCGUUGCGAAGAAUAAGGACAUGAGCUUCGGCGAAGUGGGCAAGGCGCUCGGCGCGGCGUGGGGCAAGCUGUCCGAAGCGCAGAAGGCAAAGUACAAGAAGUAGGCGCGUGCGUCCGCGCAUGGGCUCGUGGAGGCGGCUCCGCAAUGAGGCUUGGCCUCUAGCACUGCACAAGCCGCCUUUGCAGGCCCUGCACUUCAACAACCCCCUCGGGCGAUCUGUACCCUCACAGGGGGGCAAGUCUGACGAUUCACCAUCUACCGUGCGAUAUCUGGCAUGUGUGCUUGCAUGUGUUCGUGCAUCAAAGUUGUCAGCCGCCGAGCGUGUAAUGUGAUCCGGGAGGGGGGAGAGCGCGCGCGUCGGCCUGCGGCCCGCCCGGAGAGUCCCUUGUGCGGCUUGUUUAUGUAAAUCUCCCCGUACAACCGC